ACACACACUCCGAUACUACACACACUUGCUCCAAGCCUACAAUGGCGUUGCAAAUUCAUCAAAUCUGCCGGCCAGUUCCAUCGACAUCGUCAUCAAUUAGCUCAUUGCCGUCAUGUUUCGCAAAACAAUCCAUCGUCGCCGGAGACAUUCAUCAGUUUACGUCUCUGAUGAUUGCAAAUAAGAAAAACGGAAACAGGAAAGGAUUGAGCUCGUCGAUGACGGUGAGAUCAAGUUUGGAAACCGCCGGUCCCACGGUGGUUGUCGGCCAGGUGACGGAGGUUAGUCAAGACACGUUUUGGCCUCUGGUCAAUGCCGCCGGUGAUAAGAUGGUCGUUCUCGAUAUGUACACUCAAUGGUGUGGUCCUUGCAAGGUGAUUGCUCCAAAAUACAAACAACUAGCCGAGAAGUACCUUGAUGUGGUCUUCCUAAAGCUUGACUGCAAUCAAGAUAACAGGGCAUUGGCAAAAGAGUUAGGAAUAAAAGUGGUUCCUACUUUCAAGAUUCUCAAAGAUAAUAAGGUUAUAAAAGAGGUUACAGGGGCUAAGAUUGAUAAAUUAGUUGGUGCAAUCGAGGAGGUUAGAUCAAGUUGAUAUAUACAUGAUUAUGGUACAUUUGUGUAUAAUGUUUAAGAAAUGAGGUUGUUAUUCCACUUUAAUCUCUGUAAGUUGUUUUAAUUUAAUAGGACAAUAUUUAAUCUAGUAUGUUAUAUAUUAAUGUUUUUCCACAUAAUACAAAGCAUGGUUGUUGAUCUUGAUCUUA